AUGCAGACGGACCCACAAGGAUCUGCGUCGUUCUCUGCUGAAUCUUAUUUCGCGACGCAGCCUGCACCAGCAUCUUUAGAUAAUGACCGGCAACGGGUCCGCGCUUUCGUGCGCAGGCAGUCGGAGCAGGGGAAUAAGGUGGUCCUGGUGACGAGUGGAGGAACGACGGUCCCGCUAGAGCGCAAUAUGGUACGGUUCUUGGACAACUUCAGUGCAGGCACUCGAGGAGCUACCUCUGCGGAGUACUUUCUGAAGGCGGGCUACGCUGUCAUAUUCAUGCACCGCCAAUUCAGCUUGCAACCGUUUAGCAGACACUACUCGCACUCCACCAACCCCUUCCUUGACUUCCUCGAGAUCGAGCACAAGCCUGCACCGAAUGAAUCCUUAUCCACCACGCCCGAAAUCACUGUAACGCCGGAGAAGAGAGAGGACCUGCUUUCAGUGCUGACGGCUUACAAGAAAGUACACCGUGAUGGGACAAUGCUAACUCUAUCCUUCGUGACGGUGAACGACUACUUGUGGCUUCUGAGGGGUGUCAGUGAAGAACUGUCUGAAAUGGGAAGGGAUGCGAUGUACUAUCUUGCUGCAGCGGUCAGCGAUUUCUUUCUGCCGAGACAGAAGAUGUCCGAACAUAAGAUCCAAUCCGGGAAAGGCAGCCUUCAUAUUGAGAUGGAUCAAGUGCCCAAGAUAUUGAAACCCAUGGUUGACGAAUGGACCAGGGAAGGAUUUAUCGUCUCGUUCAAGCUGGAAACCGAUCCUCAACUGCUGCUGCCGAAGUGCCGUCAAGCCCUGGAACGAUACGGUCAUCAGGUAGUGAUCGGCAAUGAUCUGAACCGUAGGAAAUUCGAGGUUGUCUUUGUCUCUCGCAUUGCCCCAAAGAAGGAUCCGGCGCAUCCUGCGGCCACCAAUAUAGACGACGAUACAUUCACAGAGUCGUGGUUGCGCUUGAGCGAGAAGGAUACGCAUACCCGAGAGAUCGAAGAAGACAUAGUGAACGAGCUAGUGAGACGGCAUCGAACGUGGAUGAACAACGGUCGGUAGCUCAAGUAGUAUACCUAAUAAAGU